GCCGGCGCCGCGCCCCGGAAGCGGAAGUGUGGUCUCCUGGCUGUCAGGGGCCGCGGCCGCGGGAUUUGGGAAGUGCGCUGAGCGGCGCUUUCUCUGGUUGUGCAGCGCUCCCCCGGCGGGCGGGGCGCGGGGCCGCGUGCGGGAUGAGCACCAUGUUCGCGGACACGCUCCUCAUCGUCUUCAUCUCCGUGUGCACGGCCCUGCUGGCCGAGGGUAUAACCUGGGUCCUGGUUUACAGGACAGACAAGUACAAGAGGCUGAAGGCAGAAGUGGAAAAGCAGAGUAAAAAACUGGAAAAGAAGAAGGAAACAAUAACAGAGUCAGCUGGUCGACAACAAAAAAAGAAAAUAGAGAGGCAAGAAGAGAAGCUGAAGAAUAACAACCGGGACCUGUCGAUGGUGCGAAUGAAAUCCAUGUUUGCAAUUGGCUUCUGUUUUACUGCCCUGAUGGGAAUGUUCAAUUCCAUAUUUGAUGGUAGAGUGGUGGCCAAGCUCCCUUUCACACCCCUUUCCUACAUCCAAGGGCUGUCUCACCGAAACCUGCUGGGGGAUGACACAACAGACUGCUCCUUCAUCUUCCUGUACAUCCUCUGUACCAUGUCGAUCCGGCAGAAUAUCCAGAAGAUUCUCGGCCUCGCCCCUUCACGCGCUGCCACCAAGCAGGCAGGUGGAUUUCUUGGCCCGCCACCUCCUUCUGGGAAGUUCUCCUGAACUCAAGCAAGACCCUUUCAUUCCUGCCAUGCUUUCGAGACCUGCACGUUAGAUUGGCACCAUUUUGUAGCAGGAGGCCUAGGCAGCCUUAGCACUUAGGCUGCUUCUAAUUCUGAGAUUCAGAGUUUUCUCGGCUUCUCAGACAGAGCAGAAUGACAGUAACACCUGAGCACUAUGAGUAUUUCCAGUCACAGUUGAUUUUUUUAAAUAAGUAGCUUGAUUAAUUAAGGUCAGGUGAUGUUUAUGUGAUGAGAAACGAAUGGCAUCUCUCUGGUUUUGCUUUCACAAAUUAUUUCCAUGGGGCUGACUCCUGGGGCUGCGUGUAUGCCAGGUGACCUUGCAAGGUGGCCCCCCGUGAGCAGGUAGAGACCUAGAAGAACCAUUUCAUUUGUCUAACUCUUAAUUGCAACUAUUUAUGUUUUUUUUUUUUUUUAAGCUAAGUAUAUGACUUAAGAUCAAUAAAGAUGCCAAAUUUUUAGCUAUUUCAACAA